AUGAGAGUGCAGCUCAUCUGUUUCGCUGUCUUGGAAAGUCUGUGCCUCGCCGCCGCCGCCGCCACCUCCGUCCAUGUUCUAGUGGAUGGCGGCGAGGAUUUUGUCCAGUGGCUGGCCACAAUGUUGCAGUCAGUGGAUCCAGUGGAACGGGAAUGCACCACCUGCCGCUGCGGACUGAUCUAUACGCUGGACAGGCAGCAAGCUUCCCAGGCGUCGAGUCGCCAUCAUUACCCCUGGCUGGCUAUGGUGCUGCUGGCCGGAGACUUUCACUGCGCCGGCUCGCUGAUCAGCGACCUGUACGUGCUCACUGCUGGCCAUUGUGUGGAGGGCCUGGCGACGGAGCUCAUCCAAGUGCAUCUACUGGAGUUCAAUCGCAGCGCCAGCGCUGCUCAGGUACUCGAACGUCGAGCCGAGCACGUGACGCUGCACGAGCUAUACAAACCAUACAGACUCGAUCAUGAUAUUGCCCUGAUACGACUCGAUCGUCCUGUCAGCUUUGAGCAACGUCUGCGACCCGUUUGCCUGCCCUCAGCCAGCGCCAGCUACGACGGCGAAUGGGCCAAGCUAACGAGCUGGAGUGGGCCAAGACAGAGUGCGGCCUUUGGCGUGCCAAGUCUACAGGAAGUCGCUGUGCUCAUCAUUAGCCAAGCCGAAUGCCACCGCACCAGCUCCAGCUCCAGCUCCAUCGACACUAUGCUCUGUGCCACCUGCAUGGGGGCUGCCUGCAGCAUCGACAGCAGCGGCGGCUCGCUCCACGUGCUCUCCGACGAGCAGCUGGGGCAGCAUCAGCUGCUGGGACUUGCCACCAAGGCGCCGGGCCUCUACACGCCUGUGCAACGGUACCUGCGCUGGAUUGAGGCCAACACUGCCAAUGCCUGCUAUUGCAUGGAUUCAGCCGGCGAGGAGUACUAG